CGCCGAUGCACCGCCGGCGCGUCGCCGGUGCAUCGCAGGUGCAUCGCUGAUGCGCUGCCGGCACAUCGGCGAGGCGGUGCAGGCCUCCGACCCCGUCUGUUCGGACCCCAUCUAUAGGAGGCCCCUGGCCCAGGCGCCAGCGAUGCUCAGCGCACCGCGCGCGCACUGCGCCGAUGGCCGACGGUGAGGAUGGCGCGGGCUCCACGGCCGGAGGGCCUUGGGCGCGGGCGCUCUCUGUGCUGCCGCCCCUGGUGUACAUGGUCCUGAGCGCCCUGCUGUCCGUGACGAACCGCUACAUCUACCACGAUCGGCGGCCUGCCUUCCAGAUGCCGGCGCUGCUGAUCACCGCGCAGGCCGUCGUGGUCGGCCUGCUGACCACGGCCGGACUGACAGCUGCUGGCGCUCGCAGUGCCGCCGGUCGGCGUACUGGCCGUCGCGGGUGCUCUGCCGGGACGCCGUGCGCAUCUCGGCCGUGGCGGCCUGCUUCGCGCUGGACGUCGCGCUCACGCAGGCCGCUCUGGUGCUGGCGCCCGUGGCGCUGGUGGAGGUGGUCAAGUGCCUAGUCCCCGCCGUGGUCCUGGCCGAGACCUCCUGGCUGAAGCACCGGCUGCCCGGUGCCUGCGACGCGGCGACUGUGGCGAUCGUCUGCUUCGGUGCCGCACUCGCGCCCUCCUCCGCCGCCGCCGUCUAUCCGAGGC